GCUGAAAAUAGUGGAAAAUUGCUCUUAAGGUAAAGUCUACGGUACACGCCAACGGCGCGUUGUAAAUAUAAUCUCAGUGUAUGACGAUUACCGAUUAUAACGCAGGUACGCUCCAACAAGAACGGUGUGCUGAUAUAAGACGUAGUUCAAGCCGAAAUGAACUGAAUAUAAAUACGCAGGUUGCGGCGCCCUAAGAAAGCGCAGCGACUUCUAUGGCAUUCAAUAAAGACAUCAGACUCUUAUCGACGACAGACGACUGGAUUCCGGGAAUUGCACUUCUAGAUACGCAGUGUCACGUGGGAAACUGGGUUUCCUAUCGCCUCGUGGAGGAGCUUGGGCUGGCAUCUUCAAUUUCUACCAUCUUUGACCUCCCUAAUAUUUUUGAUGCGAACCAUGCACCAGUUCUACCGUGUGGCGUGGUGAAUCUCCGAUGGAAAUGGUCUCCGCAGGGCACACGAGUCCACACCAACCAAUUCUAUGUUUUCCCAUCUUCUAACCACCUAGACGUGGUGUUUGGUGUUGAUUUUAUCAAGUCCGAAGGGCUCCUGCAAGUGAAUGAGGCAUUUAUUCUGACACUUGUAAGAGACAAGAAGUCGGACCAAAAAGUCAAAGCUGCCAUUGAACAGGCAAGGGAGAGAAACGAGGCGGAGAAGGCAGCUCUACGGGACAAACGGAAGCAACAGGAACAACAGAAGAGAGGAGAGUCUCAGCAAAGGCAGUCGCACCAGGGGGUUCCAAAAUAAGAGGGUGGCUGAAAGAGCAUUGUACCCAGACAGACUUGAGUCACUCAGAGAGUGCUCAGUUUAAGCAGGGCUAAGUCUGUAGUUACCCCAGUUAAAGCUUAGAUGUAAUAUAUAUGAUACCCC